AUGCAAGUGAUUACCAAUGAGCUGUUUGAUCUGCAGCAGAUCGAUAUUGAUCACUACAGAUGUCUAAAUAUGGAUGCUUCAUCUGAAAUCCUACCAAACGGUCUUGUGUUGGCUAAAGCGUUAUCGGCAGCCAUACGAGGAGUGCCGAAAACUAUGCUCUUCAACAGUUGCCAUGCUUAUUUCUGUAAUGCCCCUCUAAGCAAAUCAUCAGUUGACUUCCGAGUGCUUGAUAUUGGCUCACAGCAGGAAUCAUGCACACGAGAUGUUGAAGCCACUCAAAAUGGGAAAUUACUCGUCAAAUCACAGUUAUCAUUCCAUUGUGAGGGUCGUGAGUCAAUCGCACAUCAAUGUCAUAUGCCAGUCACACCAAUGCCGGAUUUUUGUGAAACAAUUUCCGAUACAGUAACACAUCUACUGGACGAAUGGGAUGAAUCUGUUUCGUCGAUAUCACCUCAAAUGAAAGAAUUCGCUGAGCUUGUCAGCUCAAAUCCGAUCAACAACAUCUUCGAUAUUCGAUUGGUUGACGCCGACUCAUUUGCUGCAGCCACCAUGAAAGGAUUCUUCACAAAAUUAUGGGCCAAAUCAAAGGUGAACAUAGGCGGAAAUUUAAACGAUCAUAAGCUGUUGGCGUUAUAUUUGGUUGAAACAAGCUUACUACCGUCAAUGCUGCGAUACCAUAUAAGUCGUGGCUUCUCGCCUUCCGAGCUCACACCACUGGAUUUCUGUGUUUGGAUACACACGAAUGAUUUGAGUGUAAACGAUUGGUUGUUAUGUGAAAAUCAUUUUACGAUUGCAAAAUCAUUUGAUCGGAUAAAAACUCUCGAUGGAUUCAAUGUGAUCAUAGUGCUCGUCGAGUGA